AUGGAGAGGCUGGGCGUAGAGAGCUCCAUCACUGAGAUGCAGCGAGUCCUGGACUUAAUCCCCAGGAGAGACGCCAAAAUCCAGAAGCUGCUGCGCCCCUUUGUGGAGAAACUGAGCAAAGCAAAGAAGACAAAAAUCACCAAAGAGAAGACCAAGCCGGCUGGCCAGCAGAAGAAGAGCAGUCAGCGUGUCAAGAAGAAGGAAGGCAUCUGUAAUCUGGGAGCCAACUGCUACAUCAACAGUAAAGCUGUAGUUGGGAAAGUGAUCCAGAAAUCUGGGCUGCGGGUUUAUCAAGCACAGCUCCAGGAAAAGAAGAUUUUCUUUCAUCUGGGGCUCGCCGACGGCACUGGCGCCAUCAAAGUGACCGUUUUUGACGUGAAGCGCUAUGAAAAAAUUAAAGAGGGGAGCUGCUACUCAUUCAGAAAAGAAAGCAUAGAGAAUAAUAUAGUGAAAAUCAACAUGACCAGCCAAAUAUUAAAGGCCAAAGCCAUCCGAGUCCCUGCAGCGCUGAAGUGGAAGGCCAGGACCAUCAUGGAUCCCCAGAAGCCAUUUUGCUCCAUUAAAGAAGCCAAAACGUUUCCUGACAAAACAGAAAUGAAUGUCCAGGGGACCAUAAACAGGAUGAAUCCGCUCAGUGAAGUCAAGGUGAAGCAAGGAACAGAGACAGCGAAGCAGAGGAUUUUCUACCUGCAGGACGACACAGACUCCAUCAAGAUCUGCCUCUGGGGCGAUGUGGCUGAAAAGUGCAGCGCAUCAGCUGAGGACUUCGUCAGGGUGACAAACGUCAGCUCUAAUCACUACAACGGCACCGUCUCACUCAACUCAACUUGGCAAAGCAAAGUUGUCAAGGUUGACAUGGUCGAUGUCCAUAAGGGGAGAGUUGAGAUAAAAGGAAUCUUCAAGGCCAACAAGACGACGACCCACCUGGAGGCCGUGUUCAACCAGCAGAUGAAGAAGUUGGUCGUGGGUUCCAAACUUCUGGAGAAGACAUUCAACAUCAGCAGGGACGAGGGUUUCAUGGAGAGACUCCUCGACGCGAUGCCACUCACUGGACAGGCAGAAAUUCAAGGGGACAGGAUCACAGCCAUAACCAAGCUGUAGAGAAAACUGAACCGGGGCCCUCAGUGAUGUGAGCUGCUUCAGGGUUUCUCAGUGUUUAUGUGUCUUUUCAGUUUUUCAGUGAU